AUUACUUGGCCGUCACAGCGCGGCCGCAGCGGAGGACGCUGCCUGUGGGUAGUGGGGCGUGGAAGCGAAUGUGUGUUCGGAGCGCUCCUUUUCCAAUCACAACGGGCUCGAGUCCCGGCAAAGAGCGCACGGACCUGAACGUCGUCCAGAAGCCGAGAAGAUUACGCGUCGCGUGUUUGACAUGUUUCCACUGACCCGCCUCGCAGAAGAAGCGAGGGUUUAAUGCUCUGGCUCCGCUCGUCGCCAGGCUCCAACAGCUGCGCUGGAGCGGAGACGGUGCGUUUGUCCCAACUUAUCCCACGUCUGACCACCAGAGGUCAGGUCUCUCCAGCCGGUUCGUGGGAACCCGCGAGCACCCGGAACACGCGGGCUCAUUAAUCAGAGCAAACGGGCUUCUUCAGUUCGGAAUCACGGGCCCAAAUCAGCGGGAAGAGGGAGUUGGUUGAACAAACAUCAUUCAUCACCCGCGUGUUUUCCUGACUUGUCAUCAGGUUAAGGCUUUGCGUUAUUGAUUAACAAUGAGCUCCAUCAGCGAUGAUGAAGCAGGUUAAGCCAAAUAAGGACGACACGUGCCUCCUGCCGCCUCCGGCGAGCAGACGCAGCCUAUUUAAAGAGGCCUCGCUGCUCAGGGUGCUACUUUUCUUUCCAGGGGGUCGGUUUCAGAGCAGGAUUCAAAACGCCAUGUCCUCCCGAGCUAUAACGAUCAUGUCCUUUGGCAGGAGCACAGACCUGGACUAUAAUGGCUUGAGACUGCAUGACGCCCGGCUCCCCCCGCACCCCCCGCACCCGCCGGAGGAGGACAGGGAGUCCGGGAUCGGCUCCACCCUCGACCUCUGCAGCACCUUCGAGGGCUACAGCCAACAUACAAAUCACCACUUCAACAAACCUGCAGCGGUGGAGGCUGAGAGGCUCCCCGGAGAGAAAGACUCGGCGGCAGCGGCUUCGGGCCGCAGCGAGCGCCUCCUCUUCACCCUAUCCAAGAUCCCGCUCCUCUUCGUUCUCCUCUUCCUCUUCGUUUGCUCCUUGGACACGCUGAGCUCUGCCUUCCAGCUAGCGGGGGGUAAAGUGGCAGGGGACAUCUUCCAGGACAAUGCGGUGCUGUCUAACCCCGUGGCCGGGCUCGUGGUGGGAAUCCUGGUCACCGUGCUGGUUCAGAGCUCAUCUACCUCCACCUCCAUCAUAGUCAGCCUGGUGGCCUCUGGAUUGUUAGAGGUGAGGUCGGCCGUCCCCGUCAUCAUGGGCUCCAACAUCGGGACCUCGGUCACGAACACCAUCGUCGCCAUGAUGCAGGCGGCGGAGAGGAGCGAGUUUGAGCGCGCCUUCGCCGGCGCCACCGUCCACGACUGCUUCAACUGGCUCUCCGUCCUGGCUCUGCUGCCGCUGGAGGUGGUGAGCGGCCUGAUGACGGGGCUGUCGCACCGCCUCGUCACCUGCUUCAGCCUGCGGCCCGGGGAGGAGGCGCCCGAGAUGCUCAAAGUCAUCACCGAGCCGGUCACCAAGCGCAUCAUACAGCUGGACAAGUGUGUGAUCACUGGACUUGCCCUGGGAAAUGAGGCCAUGAGGAACCGGAGCCUGGUGAAGGAAUGGUGCCAGACUGACCUUGUUAUGUCCAACGUGAGCACAUCAAGCUGUGGCCCUGUCUCGUCCCAGCCGUCCAUGAAGUGUAGGCAUUUGUUCGUGUCGACCCAGCUCUCAGACCUCGCCGUGGGCCUGAUCCUCCUGGCGGCCUCCCUGGCCGUGCUCUGCACCUGUCUGCUGCUGCUGGUCAAGCUGCUCAACUCCAUCCUCAAAGGCCAAGUAGCAAAGGUCAUCCAUAAAGUCAUCAACACAGACCUGCCGUAUCCCUUUGGGUGGCUGGCGGGCUACAUGGCCAUGCUGGUGGGUGCGGGGGUGACCUUCCUGGUCCAGAGCAGCUCAGUAUUUACUUCAGCCAUGACUCCCCUGGUAGGUAUCGGUGUGAUCAGCCUGGAGCGAGCGUAUCCUCUCACCCUGGGUUCCAACAUUGGCACCACAGCCACUGCCCUGCUGGCUGCUCUGGCCAGUCCUGGGAACAAGCUGGCUGCCGCUAUACAGAUCGCCCUGUGCCACCUCUUCUUCAACGUCUUCGGCAUUCUCCUGUGGUACCCCCUCCCGUUCACGCGUCUCCCGAUCAGGAUGUCUCGCGUCCUCGGCGAGCGCACGGCCAAGUACCGCUGGUUCGCCGUCUUCUACCUCCUCGUCUGCUUCCUGCUGCUGCCCUCGCUGGUGCUGGGCCUGUCCCUGGCCGGCUGGCGGGUGCUGGCGGGCGUCGGGGCCCCGUUUCUGGGCGUCACCGCCUUCGUCGUCAUGGUCAACGUGAUGCAGAGCCGCAGUCCCCGUCAUCUGCCCGUCAGGCUCCAGAACUGGGACUUCCUGCCCCAGUGGAUGCGCUCCCUCAAGCCGCUCGACCGCCUCAUCACCAAGGCAACCGCCUGCUGCAGCGCGGCGUGCCGGGAAGGGCAGGACAGGGGGGAAGAGGAGCACAUCUCGACACCAACGACCUCUGUCGAUCCGAAGACAGAGUCGCAGCUGACGUACGACAACCCGGUCCUGGAAUACGUGGAUGAGAGCGGAGCGGGGGUACGGGUUCUGAAACUGAAGGGGUUGGAGAGGUGCAACAGCACGCCGCUGUAGAGGGACUGAUGAGGAGCCUCCAUAUUCGUGUUUGAAUAGGUUUGAGAAUCCAUUUUAUAAAGCUUUGAACUAAAACAGUUUAUUCAGAACUGAUCCACUAAUAUUUGCUGAAGGAAGACCGUUUAAACCCAGAUCAAACCGUCCACAUAUGAAGACAAAUAAACAACUUUCCCUCAGGUUCCGUUAAGUUCUGUACUUUGCUAGAGCUCUCCA